AUGAUUUCGACCGAGCUUUGCGGGAUUCUGCUGAUGAUCAGCACUGGCAUCUGUGUGACCAGCGAGAUGGUCACCAGCAAACUCAUCGAAGCCAGCGGCUGGCCAUACUGGUAUCUCCUGGCGGGCUCCAGCCUCUUGGCUACGAUCUUCAACGGUCUGGCGCUCUGGUGGCGGCGGACGGAGGUCCCAGCCCGGUCAGACCUGAAGUGGGUGCUGGCUCGCUCAGUCUUCGAAGACCUGCAUUGGUACGGGGCCAUCCUGGCCGUGAUCCUGGGCGCAGCUCCAGGGGACGUGGCAGCUCUGACCAGCAUCGACAUCAUUGCCGCAGCAUUGCUGGGUCUCGUUUUUCUCGGGGAGCAGGUGAGCUUCGUGCACUUCCUGGCGCUGGGCCUUUCCGCGGCAGGGGCCAUCCUCAUCUCGCAGCCCGAGUUCAUCUUCGGCUUUACAAGCCCGAACCGCUCUCCUGUGGGCUACGUGCUGGCGCUCUUAUCUGGUUGCUUCCAGGCCUGCUCCUUUGUGUGCGCCCGGAAAUCCGCGCACAUCUCCAUUGGCGUGCUCACCUUCUGCAGCCUGUUGCUCUCGGUGCCUAUGGGCCUUGUGCCCACGCUGCUGCCGAUGAAGCACCAGGCCUCGUGGCAGCUGGUGGCGGAUCAUCCCUGGCAGGCGUUGGGGCUGCUGCUUCUGCUCACCUUCUGGACCAUGUUUUCCAUCAUGCUGCCCGCGGCAGGUGCAACGCGAUGCCCAGCAGCUGUGAGUGCUACAGUUUUCACGUCUUCCUGCAUGGUGUCUGGCUACCUGGCGCAAAUCCUGUUGUUUCAGGAGCUGCCGCAGCUGCUCACCGUCCUGGGCGCUGGGGCCAUGCUUCUGAGCGUGGUGCUGAUGGCAGUGCCCUGCAACAGCGCCGAGCCUUGUGAGGAGCCAAAGGUUUCCGAGACGGAGACGGCGGCGACGGAUGCAAUGGAUGACACGCUGAGCUUGGGCUCCUUCGUGGCUUCCGAGGUGUCCUUCUGCUCUUCCUCCAGCCGAGUCCGGCUUCGUCUCAAGCGCUUUACCACCAAGACGCACGACCUGGUGCAAAGGAUCGGCGCUGCUCUGCCCGUGGCUACGUCGCUGGAAGGCACCUUACCCGGGAAUUGCGCUCGCCAAACACUGGCGGUGUGCUCGGACACUGGCAGAGCGGACAUCGCGGCAUCGCGCGCGAUGAGCACCGACUGCAAGCUGGUCCGGAGCAGGGACCAGCGCGGCCCCCGCAGCAGUAGUCACACAGCGGCGGAGGAGCCAGCCGCCAUCGCCGAAUGCUUGACCACUGUGCUGUCUGCUGUGCUUGAGGCUGCUGACAGCGAGGAGUUGCAAGCUGCGGGGUGGAACCCGCCCGACUGGCCACGGCUGCUGAUGGGCCGGCAGUCCACGCCACCGGCCUUGCACGGCCCUAGCAGUGCUUUGCGCGGCUGGCAGUGUGAAGCUGCGCACGCCGUGCUAGCCCACUGCCAGGCCGCCUUCUUCGCCUUCCGCGACGCCCCUGGCAGGCAGCGGAUUUUCUGCGCUGGCCUGCUCGCCCAGGCCAAGGCACGCGCGGCGCCUGCCAUGUUGCGGCCUGCUUUGCGCAGCGCCUAUGUGCACCGAUGGUCGGGCUUGCUUUCGGAAGCUGCCUCCACCGCCUUUGCCGAGAGCUCGCCAGACGUGUCCCGCUUGAGUGCCCUGCGCGAGGGGAGUCUCGAGCUGUUCUUGGCUCGGCUUUCGUGUCAGCGCGGCACCGAGCUUUGCGGGGUAUUGCUCAUGAUUUGCACUGGCGUGUUUGUGACUUGCGAAAUGGUCACAAGCAAGGUUAUUGAUCACAAGGGCUGGCCAUAUUGGUACCUGCUGGCCUGUGCGUGCUUGGUAGCCAGUCUUGCCACUGGAGCUGUGCUGUGGUUCUUGGGCACCGGGCUUCCUUCCAGCUCUGAGCUGAAGUGGGUGCUGUCUCGCUCAAUUUUCGGGGACUUGCACUGGUACUUAGCCAUCCUGGCCGUGAUUUUGGGUGCUGCACCCGGGGAUGUGGCUGCACUGACGAGCAUUGACAUCACUGCGGCUGCGCUUCUUGGCCUGGUCUUCUUGGGCGAGAAGGUGAGCUGGUUGCACUUUGUGGCGCUGGGUCUCUCCACGGCAGGGGCAAUUUGCAUCGCCCAGCCAGAGUUCCUCUUCGGCUUUACGACCCCAAACCGCUGCCCAGAGGGCUAUGUCUUGGCGUUGCUGGCUGGAUGUUUCCAGGCAGGUUCCUUCGUGUGCGCCCGCAAGUCUGUGCAUGUCUCUUGCGCCGUGCUCUCCUUGAGCAGCAUGUUGAUGUCAGUGCCCAUGUCUUUAGUGCCGCCGAUGCUGCCUGGCCGACAUGACUCCUGGCAGGGUAUGUCUGAACAGCCUUGGAUGAUGCUGGGGUUGCUGGCUUUGCUCACAGCCUGGACGGCUCUCUCCAUAACGCUGCCAGCAGCAGGCUCAACCCGAUGCCCAGCUGCAGUGAGUGCCACGGUCUUUACGUCAUCCUGCAUGGUGUCUGGCUAUUUGUCGCAGAUGCUCUUCUUUCAGGAGAUGCCACAGUGUCUCACGCUAGUUGGGGCUGCUUGCAUGCUGCUGAGCGUCAUGCUCAUGGCGAUACCCUGCGCCAAACCUACGGAAAGCGAGACUGAGCCCAAGGUCGAUUCCGAAGCCGAGGUGGCGGGAGAGACCACCAUGGAGGGCGAGACACUGAGCCUCGGCUCUUUUGUGGCGUCAGAGUUCUCAUUUGGCUCUUCCUCCAGCCAUGCCCAACGCCGCCUCAAGAGCUUGACAAAUGGGACCUUGUCACAGCGAAUCGGCGCUGCCCUGCCUGUGGCAACGUCAGCCCAGCCGAAUGGAUACCUGCCAACACUGGCCUCGCGGCAUGGAUUUACUCCAGGCGCUGCCGAGGCUGGCUUGCCGGCCCUGGAACCCGCUGCCCUGCGCAUCGCCCGCAUCAACGAGCAGCUGGCGGAGCUUCAGGAGCUGUUGGAAGUGACCAUGCAGCACAUGGAUUCCCAGCAGGCGGAGGCGGCCGGGGCGCUGCAGCAGCUGCGGGCGCGGGUGCUGGAGACGCUGUGCCCGCAGCGUCUGCUGCAAGCGCAGCGCCUGCGGAAGUUGGCGCAGCGCUUGGCACGCCUGGAGCGGAACGUGGGCCGCGAGCAAGCCGAAUGCGUCAAAGUCAUGGAGGCAGUGCUCGCGACAGUGGAGAGGAAUGGAGCUGUCGCUGAAGCCGUGCCGGCGUCCCAGCUGCAAAGCGCUGCUGGGCGGGAGCGCUCGCCCCAAACGUUGCAUGGUAGCAUUCAAUUCAAGAGAAGCUCCACGUCCAGCGCUGUGCGGCGCCAAAGACACUCAAUUGGGUAUGGGUCAAAAUUAAACCACCAGGGGACCGCAGGUUUUAGUCCUUCCAUUUUGAUUACUUAG